UGCUUCCUGCUGGGACCGGGGCGCCUGAGCUACCAGCCUGCUGAGCGAGCCCGAGGACUGGCGACCGGGUGUCCUGCUACCGCGCGGACCUGGACGUAGAUCCCGCUCGUGGCUCUGCUCUCCUGUGUACCAGCGGCCCGCUAUGAUAGCGGCCUGGUGCAGUGCUUCCUGCUGGCCACCGGGGCGCCUGAGCUACCUGUCCGCUGACCGAGCCUGCCGUUCUAGCGGCCGAGGCGUUACAGGCCAGGCAUUACUGGCCAGCUACAGCAGUGGCCUGGGGUCCUACCGGCCUGCUGUUUUCCUCCUGCUUCCACGUCGCAACAAGGUGCGGUGUGGUGGUGACGGCGUAGGACGCGGCCGUCGCAACAUCAAACCAGCUGAGCUGGUGCUCGACAGCAGCCACGCAGCCACAAGGACCCCCGUCACGGGCACCGCAACGACGAAGCACACGGGCGAGUGAUGACGCAUGAGUGCUAGGCGCAUGUUUAUAAAGGACAAGCGACUUCCGAACUCUAGUCCGCAUAGAUGUAA